UUCACUUUGUUUAUAUAUAUGUGUGUGUGUGUGUGUGUGUGAUGAUACAUACCAAUACCAUAGACUUACAGGACUCCUAAAGUAAAUUCCCACCAUGAGGAUGAAAGUGGCACAGCUCACUUGGCUGCUCCUAGUGCUCCUUCCUUGCCACCACUUGUUUUUCCCAAUUGCAAGUACUGCAAACCAGAUUGAUAGCCUUAACAAGUUGAUUAAAUCCCGGAGAUCUGAAAAUCCUCCGGUUGCACAAUCUUGGACUGAACUGGCUGUCGGAGAUGAACAUUAUUCUCCGGUGUUCAUUGGAACUCAAGAUAGGUUGAUGGAAGCUGACAAGAUUGUUGCUCUGCCCGGCCAGCCUGGAGACGUGGACUUUUAUCAGUAUGCAGGCUACGUAACUGUGGAUCCAAAAGCCGGAAGACAACUGUUCUAUUACUUUGUGGAGUCACCUCACAAUUCUUCCAGCAAGCCUCUCGUCCUUUGGCUCAAUGGAGGACCAGGAUGUUCAUCACUUGGAUAUGGUGCUAUGGAAGAACUGGGACCCUUCAGAGUCCAUAGUGAUGGAAAGACACUCUACAGAAAUGACUAUGCAUGGAACAAUGUGGCAAAUGUGCUAUUCCUUGAAUCCCCUGCCGGAGUUGGGUUUUCGUAUUCGAAUACAUCCUCCGACUAUGAAGACACCGGCGACAAGAGAACCGCCGAAGACUCUUAUACAUUUCUAGUAAAUUGGCUUGAGAGGUUCCCCCAAUACAAAACCCGAGAUUUCUUUAUAACCGGAGAGAGCUAUGCCGGUCACUACGUGCCUCAGCUUGCUCACACCAUCCUGUCAAAGAAGAAGAAAACAAAAAUUAAUCUAAAGGGCAUCGCAAUUGGGAAUGGUUGGAUAGAUGAUAAUACCAACACAAAGGGAAUGUUCGACUUUUUCUGGACGCAUGCUAUGAGCUCUGAUGAAGCCAAUGCAGGAAUAAACAAGCACUGUGACUUUCACACUGGGAAAACUUCACUAGCUUGUGACGCAUAUCAAAGUCAGGCAUUUGAUGAGAUUGGAGAACUUGAUAUUUACAACAUCUAUGCACCAGUUUGCAGUUCAAAAGCAGCAAAGCCUUCUUUUGGUUCUAUCAAAAACUUUGAUCCCUGCUCCGACGGCUAUGUCGAGGCCUACCUGAAUUCAGCUGCGGUGCAGAAAGCUUUUCAUGCCAGGAACACGUCAUGGUCAGCUUGCAGCGGCUUAAUAUGGACAGACAGCCCUACAUCCAUUCUACCCACAAUCAAGCAGCUCAUAGCAAAUGGCAAUAUUAGCAUAUGGAUAUAUAGCGGUGACAUUGAUGGCCGGGUUCCAAUAACUUCCUCUAGGUAUGCAAUAAACACCUUGAAGCUUCCUGUGAAGACGCCUUGGCGUCCAUGGUAUAAUGACGACGAGGUUGGCGGGUAUGUGGUCGAAUAUAAGGGAUUGAUCCUAGCCACAGUAAGAGGCGCUGGGCAUGAAGUUCCAAGCUACCAACCAGAGCGAUCACUGACCAUGAUCACAUCUUUCCUACAGGGAGAGCUUCCUCCCUGAUUCAGCAGAUUAAUACUUCUCAAUAUUUAAUCCACUAUGAAGUCCUAGAAAAGACGAAUUUAUAUAAAUGAAAAUAAGCCAUUUAA